UCCAUAGCAUUAAUAAUACAACAACAAGGGCCUCGUACCAAGAAGCCAGGGUCUCGAGAGGAGGAAGGGCUGAGGUGAGGUUACGACGGCAGAAGGAGAUCGGAAUCGGAUACAGAAUCAGAGAAAGAGAUUGUUAUUGUUGUUAGGAGAGGAUAUAUUGGAGAAUUGCAGAUUGAGGAGGAAAGGAAUAUUUCUGUUUGUUGUCGCUGGGUCUAGUUCGUCACUUCUCAUCAGCAUCAACAUCACCAACAUCACCAACAUCACCACCACCAACAUCACCGACAUCACCGACAUCACCAACAUCAGACACACACACACACACACCAUGAGUCGACGCAACCAAUACUCGCAAAACCACCCCUCCCACGCCCUCAACUCGCCCUACAACCCCUACGCCCACCCCACGCACCAGCAGCAAGUCUUCCGCAAAGGCCAGGCCUCGAUAACCACCUACUCGUCGCGCCUGCGCCAAGGCGCCACCGCGCUGCUCGUCCCGCAGGGCGCGCUGAUAUCGACUGGCGGGACGUUGCCGCGUGCUGCAAAGAGGAAUUACGCGGAAUUAGACGACGAUGAUGAUCUUUUGGCGGCCGCUGGGUUGGGUACGCCGAGUAGAGCGGCGGGGGCGGAGGAUGAGCAGCCGGUGGUGAAGAGUCGGCCUGCGUUUAUGACGAACCAUGUCUACCACACCGAGGAACAACUCGAAGCAGCGGCAAACCUCCCCGAGAUCCUAAUCCCGAUCCGCAUCAACCUCGACCUGGGCAGCUACCGCCUCGCCGACUUCUUCCUCUGGAACCUCUCCGAGCGCCUGACCACGCCCGAGCAAUUCGCAGCAAUCAUGUGCACCGACCUCGAUAUCCCCGUCCACACGUACGCGCCCCAGAUUGCGAACGCGAUCCGCACGCAGAUCGAGGAGUAUGCGCCGGUCGCGACGAUUAAUCUGCCGCCGGGGAUACAGAAUGUGAUUGUUAGGUUGAGUCUGCAUCUUGCGAAGCAUUUGUAUGAAGAUAAGUUUGAGUGGGAUCUGGCGUCGACGGGGGCGGCUCCGCUGUCGUCGAACAAUAAUGACGAGGAGGAGGAGGAUGAAGAAGAGGAGGAUGAAGGUGAGGAGGAAAGAGAAGAGAGUAAACUUCUUGAAGAAGCGGCAAAGAACGGGGAUAGCUCGGUGAACGAGAUCCUACGAACAGGUCUUACGCCAGAACAAUUCGCGCGCACGGUAGUCUCCGACCUCGGACUCACCGGCGAAUUCUACCCCGCGAUCGCGCACGCCAUCUACGAAGUGCUCAUCCGUCUCAAAAAAGAAGCCUGCGAAGGCCACCUACCCAUCGAAGUCGACAACGACGCCGCGUACAACGCCGACGCGGGCUGGCGCGUUGAUCAGGAAGGGCUGGGCGACGAGUGGGCGCCGACGGUCGAGGAGUUGACGCAGGAGGAGAUCGAGCGGCGGGAGGUCGAGCGCGAGAGGAAUAUCAGACGGUUGAGGCGCGAGACGGCCAAGUUUGGCGAUUCGGCGGCCGAGCGGGCGAUCGCGGUCGCGGACGCGACGGGGCUCUUGAGCGGGUCGAAGAAGCGGAGGCGGAAGACUACCAUGUUUUGAGAUGUUUUCUCUUUUUUUUAAAGAGGGCGCUGGGUAUGAUGUCAGUGGAUACUAGUGAUCAAGAAAUGAUUUCAGAAAUGAUUUCAAGAAGUGCCAAGGAGCUGUAUGUAUGAUAGAAACCGAAUAUUGAAUUACCUCGACAUGAUCCAUCCAAGUAAGCUUAGUACAUGAACGGCGAUGUCAAGUCGUCUCUCUUUUUUAGAGAAUAAGAUUCAUUGAUUAUGGCGACACAGUGACUGGACGUGUGAGAGUGAAAGUGGUUCUCGAGAUGGAGGAGGGAGAGAAAGUUUCGGAUUACCGGAUUUGUAGUUAUUCUGUUGAGAAGGUUGUGGUCGGUGGGGAGGAUGGUGGUCCGGAUGAGGUAGACUACAAUUGUUACAAGUUGUUCUGCGAU